AUGGCCUCGUCGUCUACAAUGUGGCCGAAGGCCUUUUCGAAGCCCAUGCCGACCAUCACCAGCCGCUACCUUCUGCGCCAGCAGGCCUCGGCUCAAGUCAUCACCCAUCGGCCGUUUGGUGCACCCUUCACAAUCACCCCACCGCAGCUGCGUUUGCAAACGCAUGCUUUCUCCCAGCGGCAUUUGACAUCCUUCUCGAUGCGGCCUGUUCCGCAAGAGCCACCACCCAAAUCCAUCAGCGGCGAGGACUGGGAAGCCCUCUCGCCCGAGGCGAAGAUCCAGUGGCUCGGAGACGAUAAAUGGGGCUGGGUCGUCUACCGCUGCUCUUACGCCAAAGAGUUCGACGGUGCCUGGGGAGACCUCAAGCGCCGCAUCACGCAAGGCAUGCGUGGGGCUAUCGCCAGGUCAGACGCACCCUACAUUGCACAGACGAUGGACUUCGUGUUUGUUGAAGACCCAUUGCUGGAGGGUGCUUCGGUCCACGAGCUGAGACGUCGCUUUCAGACAUGGGCUCGCGAGAACAAUACUACGAGCAUCGACAUGGAAGACGAGAAGCAGGGUUCGCGGGGCUCAAGGUACGAGUUCUUUCUCAGGGUCGAUGGCGAGGGGUUGUGGAACGGCUAUGUUGGUCUUGUUCGGGGCUGGCCUUGUUCUCCUGGAAGUGAGGACUGGAUGAAGAUCAGGGCUGGGGCGGUUGCUCCUGCGCUCUACAUCAUGCUGGAUGAUCCCGAGGUGUGGUACGCGUAUUAUACGCCGCCAGAAAUAGGGGUGUGUGGUGCGUUGUAG